AUGAGGAAGGGUGGACGGCAUCCGCCCCGGUCGUUGGCCAGCUUCCUUGUGGUCGGCUACCUGGUCCUUGUGCUCGCCUCGGCGGAGGGGGGAGCUGGAGGAGGAGAGAGCGGCAAUGGCGGCUUCUCCAGCCAUGGACUCACCGAUGCCGAGGCCGGCUUCAUCCGGCAGCGGCAGCUCCUCUACUACCGCGACGAGUUUGGCGACCGCGGAGAGAAGGUUACUGUCGAUCCCGCCUUGUUCUUCCCAAACCCGCGCCUCCGCUCCGCCUACGUUGCUCUCCAGGCCUGGAAGCAGGCUAUCCUCUCCGAUCCGUUCAAUCUGACCGGCGACUGGGUCGGAUCCGGCGUCUGCAAGUACACCGGCGUGUUCUGCGCCCCUGCGCUCGAUGACCGGAACGUCACCGUGGUCGCCGGCGUAGAUCUCAACCACGGGGACAUCGCCGGGUAUCUUCCGGAGGAGCUCGGCCUGCUGGAGGACCUCGCGCUGUUCCACAUCAACUCGAACCGCUUCUGCGGCACGGUCCCGCACAAGUUUGAGAAUCUGAAGCUCCUCUUCGAGCUCGAUCUGAGCAACAACCGUUUCGCCGGCAAGUUCCCCCGGGUGGUCCUCCGCCUCCCUUCUCUCAAGUUCCUCGACAUCAGAUUCAACGAGUUCGAGGGAAAGGUGCCGCGUGAGCUCUUCGACAAGGAUCUCGAUGCCAUUUUCAUCAACCACAACCGCUUCUCCUUCGAUCUCCCCGACAACUUCGGCAACUCGCCGGUGUCGGUGAUCGUCCUCGCCAACAACCACUUCAAGGGUUGCCUCCCGGCGAGCCUCGGCAACAUGUCCAAGACUCUCAACGAGAUCAUUAUCAUAAACAACGGCCUUCGGUCGUGCCUCCCGCCGGAGAUCGGGCUUCUCACGAGCCUGACGGUGCUGGACGUCAGCCACAACGAGCUGGUCGGGCCGCUGCCGGCGAGCCUCGGCGGGAUGGUCCGCCUGGAGCAGCUGAAUGUAGCUCACAACCUCCUGUCCGGCAAAAUUCCCGAGAGCAUCUGCCUGCUUCCUCACCUGCAGAACUUCACCUACUCGUACAACUUUUUCACUGGAGAGGCCCCGGCGUGCUUGAAGCUGCCCGCGUUUGACGAUCGAAGGAACUGCUUCCCCGGGAAGCCCGAGCAGAGACUCCUGAGCCAGUGUAAGAGCUUCCUGUCUCGGAAGGUGGACUGCAACACCUUCAGGUGCGUCCCAUUUGUGCCUGCGCUGCCACCAGUGCGGCGUUCUCCGCCGAAGCCCUCUUUGCCAGCACCUCCACAUCCGCCUCCGAAAGCUGUCCCCUCGCAGCCACCGCCUUCCCCGUCAGCUCCACCUUCGUCGCAUGCUCCGCCAUCGUCACCAGCUCCGCCUUCGUCGCCUGCGCCCCCUUCGAGACCUUCGCCACCAAUUCCAGAGCCGUCAUUUCCUGCGCCUGUUCACAUUGUCCCAUCUCCGCCUCCGAAAUCACCUCCUCCAGUGCAUCCUCUGCCGCCACCAUCUAGUUCCUUACCACCUCCACUACCAUCUCCACCUCCCGAGUAUCCGUCUACACCACCUCCCAAGUCGCCUCCACCACAUUACGGCCAUCCAUCCCCGCCACCAACGCCAACAUAUUCUCCUCCGCCGUAUGUAGAACCCCCACACCCACCGUCACCACCGCACCACUCCUUUUACUUCACCUCACCACCCCCUCCACCACCACCACCACCUCUACCUCCGCGUUAUGCACCACCCCGGACUCCAGUCUACCACUACACAUCUCCGCCGCCACCUUCCCCACCUCCACGUUCGCCGCCUCCGCCGCCAACUCCAGUCUACCAUUAUGUCCCUCCGCCACCACCGUCCCCCCCUCCGCCUUCGCCACCUCCACCAACUCCUGUUUACUACUACACGUCCCCCCCGCCACCUGCACCGGUCUACCACUAUGUCUCGUCUCCACCACCACCACCACCACCGCCACCGCCACCGCCACCGCUUCACUGUGAAUAUCCCCCUACCCUCUCGCCUCCGCCACCCUACUACGAGCCCCUCCCGCCCCCGCCCCUCCCUCCACCGGUGGACGAACGCCCGUUGCCACCCAUCUACGGGAUUCCGUACGCAUCUCCUCCGCCACCCCCUUUCUAUUGA